AAUCAGAGAAAGAAAGAUGGGCAUCUCAUAUCGUUGGGAAGGGAUCAAGAAAGACUAUAUAUAGUUUAUUUAUACUGACUCAUAUCAUCAUCAUCGCCAUUGAAGCCCCUGCACAGUAUUCAUCUUUCUUUCACACCCAGACACAGACACAGACACAGUAAAAAAAAAAAAAAGGAAGAAUAAGGAAAUGGAGAGCGCAUCGGAAAUGGUGCCAUUUCCGUUGCUUCCAACACCGAUCGAAUCGAAUUACAGAGCUAGUACCAUUCCCUACAGGUUUCCAUCCGAUAAUCCCCGCAAGCCCACUCCUACGGAGAUCGCCUGGAUCGACCUCUUCCUCAAUUCCGUUCCCUCCUUCAAGAAACGAGCAGAGAGUGAUCCUACAGUCCCUGAUGCAGCCGUUAAAGCUGAAAAAUUUGCUCAGAGGUAUUUUGAAAUACUUGAGGACUUCAAGAAAGAUCCUGAAAGUCAUGGUGGGCCACCUGAUUGCAUUCUUCUCUGCAGAAUUCGUGAGCAAAUCCUUAGAGAAUUGGGAUUCAGGGAUAUAUUCAAGAAAGUCAAGGAAGAAGAGAAUGCAAAGGCUAUAUCCCUAUUUGCGAAUGUGGUUCUUCUUAAUGAUGCCAUUGAAGAUGGAGGAAAGCGCGUAGAGAAUUUGGUCAGAGGAAUAUUUGCAGGAAACAUAUUUGAUCUUGGUUCCGCACAGCUUGCAGAGAUUUUCUCAAAGGAUGGAAUGUCCUUUUUAGCUAGUUGUCAAAACCUUGUCCCUCGACCUUGGGUUAUUGAUGAUUUGGACACUUUCAAAUUGAAAUGGAGCAAGAAAUCUUGGAAAAAGGCUAUCAUUUUUGUUGAUAACUCAGGUGCAGAUAUUAUUUUAGGGAUUUUGCCAUUUGCAAGAGAAUUACUCCGACGUGGGACUCAGGUUGUUUUGGCAGCCAAUGACUUGCCUUCUAUCAAUGAUGUAACUUACCCUGAACUAAUUGAGAUUAUGUCAAAGCUGAAGGAUGAACAUGGACAGUUAAUGGGUGUUGAUACUUCAAAUCUUUUACUUGCCAAUUCUGGAAAUGAUUUGCCGGUUAUUGAUCUUUCAAGAGUUUCAGAAGAGCUUGCCUACCUAGCAAGUGAUGCAGACUUGGUUAUCUUGGAAGGGAUGGGGCGUGGAAUAGAGACAAAUCUUUAUGCACAAUUUAAGUGUGAUUCCCUCAAGAUUGGGAUGGUGAAACAUCCAGAGGUGGCGCAGUUUCUUGGAGGACGACUUUACGACUGUGUCUUUAAAUACAAUGAAGUUUUGAGUUGAUGAUGCCAAUCUUGUCUAUACUGCUAUCUCUAUUUACUCAAGAAUUAGUAAUUCCACACACUAGCAUUAGGCAUUUCUGUCUAGAAGAAUCAUAUCUGUUAUCUUCUGAAGUUUCUUAUUUUGAUAAAUAAACUGAAAAACUGUUUACAAGUGGCAUAAAUUACUUUUCUCAA